AUGAUUUCAAACAUCGCAAUCGCCGUGCUGUCUCUGGCAGCGGUCACCAGCGCGUCAAAGCUGCAGAUCAACAAUCACUGCACUGAGCUCUUGUGGUUGACCAUUGCCAAGCCGUCCGACCCAUACCCAAAACCAUUCAGUCUCGCAUCCGGGGAGGCCUACGACGCCGGAACAAACUCAGGCGAAGGCAAUAGCGUAGGAGUUACCUUUUCGAAGGAUUUCUACAGCGAAGGAACCCCAAAGUUCAUCCUCGGAUACUCCAUCGCGGGAGAUAGACUUUGGUGGUCUGUUGGAAAGUCAAAUGGUGAUGUGUUCGAUGGAAAGCACUUCAAUGUCACCACGCCGGAUCGUGAUGGAAAGAACGUCUGCGAAAGCGUUUCGUCAUAUGAGCAGAAGAAUAACAAUUGCGUGGAUGGCAGCUUUACUUUGACGUUCAACCCUUGCUUCGAGUGA